GUGGCCGAUCCAUGGGGGUUUUUGGGUGUCGAAUCUGAAAAUGAUAGUUCGGUAAUAAUAAAAUAUUCGAGAAAGAAGUAUUACAGGGGAAGUAUCAAUGACAAUGUUUAAAUUUUUUUAUUUUACAAGAUUCAUCCACUGCACAUGUUAUUAUUUUCACUUUUACGUUGCUCAUAAGUAAUAAAAAUAAGACAAGUUGCAUUUGCGAAGUAGUUAAUAGAUCGAUUUACAGAAAGCGUAAUUUGUAUUCAAAUUGAGACGAAUUCCGAAAUAACAUCAAUAUUAAACAUAUGUUAAAAAUAAAUUGUUUUCUGCAAAAGCCCCUUGAAAAGAAAUACUGCAUCCGCCACUGUUAUUAGUGGUGAAAUAGCAAACCAAAUUGUGUGUAUUUGUGGUAUAUAAAUAGUCGAAUUAAACACAGCAGUUCAGUUGAUUUAACGCCGUAAGUUCGAAUAGAUCAAAAUGAGUUUAGCUGGUAAAGUUGUUCUUGUAACCGGAGCAAGUUCUGGUAUUGGUGCCGUCACAGCUCAGGCCUUUGCCAAGCAGGGUUCCAAAGUAGUGCUCACAGGACGAAAUGAAGCAAAUCUGAAAGCCACUGAGAAAGCCUGUAAAGCAGCCAACUGCAAAGUGGAACUAUUAUUAAUUACCGCUGAUGUAACGACAGACGCUGAGAAGAUUAUCAAAAGAACAAUUGACAAGUUCGGAAAGUUAGAUGUGUUGGUGAAUAAUGCCGGUUACGGUGAACUGGGUUCAAUCCUGGAUAUUGACGUCGAUCAAUUUGAUCGCGUUUUAAAUACAAAUUUACGUUCGGUCUUUCUGCUGACUAAAUACGCUGCACCACAUCUCAUUAAGACCCAAGGUAAUAUUGUGAAUGUCUCCAGUAUCGCAGGAACGCGUUCAUUCGCUGGUGCUGUGGCCUAUUGCACGUCUAAAGCAGCAAUUGAACAAUUCACCAGAUGUAUCGCUUUGGAUUUGGCGCCGAAAAAUGUGCGUGUGAAUGUCGUAAGUCCUGGUACGAUUUUGACAGAUUUCCAUAAGCGUAUUGGCUUUUCGGAAGAGGAAGAUGCUAAAUUUUUGGAACAUUCGAAGACUACACAUGCAUUGGGUCGCGUUGGCGAACCCAAGGAAGUGGCCGAUGGCAUUAUUUUCCUUGCAAGUGACAGUUCGAGCUUUAUAACGGGAGCAACUCUGCCGAUUGAUGGUGGCAGACACGCUAUGUGCCCGCGUUAAUAUUUCUUACAAAUGUUAUUCAUUAAUAAACGUAUAAAUAUAUAAAAGUACGAAAUAUGCUUUAAAAAAAUUA